GGACGCAGGCAGGCCAAAUCCGGCCCGUGGGCCGUAGUUUGGGGACCCAUGUUUUAGAACAUUUUCUGUUGAUAUGUUGCGCCUCCAACUCUUCCAAAGCAGUACUCCCAUCAGCUUGCCGAGUGGGCUAAAACGUUUUAAACUUAAAUAAAACACCGUAACAGUUUAAAAGUCUGCAGAACGCAACACUUCUCUUCAGUGUUGUCGCCCCGCCCACCGGCCCGCCGCUGACGUCAUAGCACCUGUAUGAUGUCGCCCGCGUCGUCCACCUGUAAAAGGCCAGGCGUCGUCUGUAUCGCUGCUCUGAUAUUGAGUUUACAACCGAUCACGUCAUCAAAAGCCACACUGAAGUCCGAUUCGGAGCUUCACAGCCGUGUAACGUCCGCGCCAUGUUUUUAUGAAUAUUAUUAUAGGUGUUUAAAAAAAAAAAAAAAACUCCGCGUAUGGCCGCCAGUCUCCUGCUGUGUGCGCGCAAUUUGCCAUGUGUGUCUAGGAGGGAGGAAAGGGAGCGAUGAGUUUCAAUCAGCGGGACUUUGUAUCGAGGACUGCAGCCGAGGGCGAUGCUCCUGCUGCCAGCCCAAGUUUCAUGCAUGCAAAGGCCAGGAGGACAAACUCAACCCGUACAGGCGAGCUGAAGCCCCCAAAGUCAAGUUGCCGCCCCUCAGGGAGACUUCAAAGUCCAGGGAGCAGACUUCCAACUGUAUCAAAGAGCUGAAGAACCAGAACUUUACACUGCAGCAGCAGCUGAAGGAGUCCAAGAGUGAGAACAAACUGUUGAAGAACGUUCUCCAUCGACACACGGUGGCGCUGCAGCAGUUCCAAGAUUUAGAAGGCAGUAUUUCCCAGAUACAGGAACAGCACAGAAACGAGGUCAAGGCCCUGCGCAAGCUGCUGGGCGAGACGCGCUCCAGCCGCGACAAGCUGGCGAAGAAGCUGCAGGCCACCGAGAAGGACUUGUUGGACGCCAAAGACCGGAUCCAGCACCUCCAGUGGAAGGUCAUCCAGAACCCCAACCUGCUGGAGAAGGAGGAACUCACUCGCAGGCUGAAUGAGAUCACCGUCCAGCUGGAGGAGAAGGACAGGAGGAUACAGUUCCUGGAGAAGAGCAACAUGUUGCUUCAAGGCUCGCUCAACCGCCAAGUCGCCAUGGAGCAGAGGAAGAUGUGCAAGACCAGCGACGUGUCCGUCGGCCUGCCGUCACUAGUGAACAGAUUUAUCCAGAAACAAAGAACGGACAGGACCACGGAAUCGGAGACGAGUAACAUCAGUCCAAUCAGGUCACGGAGACGCCCGCACAAAAAAGGCAAGCAAAGUAAGAUGGUCCAGACUGAUGAACUUGUCUCUGCAGCCAGCGAUACCGACAGUCGCCUUAAGUCCGACUUUUCAGAGACUGACGACUACAUGCUACCAAAGUGGCGGAGCCCAUCCAGCACGGAAUAUACGCCAGAUAGGUCUUGGACAAGUGAGCAUCAAAACACCGACGUUAAGGACACUUCUAAACGUGAAGUUGCAGCCUGUAAGCAAGUUCUUCAUCACGCAGCAGGAGGACAGGAGCUAUCAGAGGAGUCAGACGAGGACGAGAGCAAGCAAGACGAGGAGGAGUACGAGGAGGAGGAGGAGCACCACCAGGAGUACAGAUGGGGGAAACAGGAGGAAGAGGUAGAAGAGGACAGAUGGGGGAAACAGGAGGAAGAGGUAGAAGAGGAGGAGGAAGAGGAAAAUGGCGAGGAGGAAGAAGAAGAAGAAGAAGAAGAGGAGAGGUCAGAAGAACACGGUGGUGGGGAGAAAGAGGAAAGAGAAGGAGAGGAGACGCAGGAGGAGGAAAAUGAGCUGGAGGAAAAGGAUGAGGAAGGGGAGGCAGAGGAGGUGGUGGCGGUGCAGGUGAAAGAGAAAAGGUCACAGGAAGAGCGCCUUAAGGAGACGUUUAGGGAGACCUUUGGGGAGACGUUUAGGGAGACCUUUGGGGAGAUCUUUGGGGACACCUUUGGGGAGACCUUUGGGAUGAUUGGAGAAGAUGAUUCUCAGGAUUCUCAGGAGAUUGAGAUGUAUGGUGAAGAGGAAGAGAAGGAAGAAAAAGAAGGGGAGGCGGAGGAGGAAAAGCUGGAUGUGGAAGAAGAAGAAGAAGAGGAGGAGGAAGAGGAAACGGAUGAAAGACAAGAUGAGGAGGAGGAAGAGGAAACGGAUGAAAGACAAGAUGAGGAGGUGGAUGACAGAAAGGAGGAAGAAGGAAGAGAAGGUGGUGAGUACAAGGAGGAGGAAGAGUAUGACCAAGACGAGGAGGACGUAAGCAAACAGGAGCAAGAGGAGCACGGUGAGAAAGUCAGGACAGCCGCCAGACGACACGCCAUCUCCUGCGUUCUCAGCGGACCAAAGACGGCGAGGCAGCGCUCGCCAAAGCGAUGCUCGCGGCCUCGACAUCGCCGCAGGUACAACUUCACCCCGGUCACCACCAACCUGCACCUGGGCAAGCCGGCCUACAGCGGCGUGCACCUGAGGUACAUCCGAGGCACCAACGUGCCGGUGAGGGAGGAGACGCUGUACUGUCGCAACCGGAGGCGAUCCUUGGAGCAGGCGGACGACAACUCGCUCAGCGACGAGCCGACCAGCCAGCCGGACCCCCCCAGCGACGGCUCGGACUUGGAGACCAAACAUAAUGGCUCACAUUCACAGACUUAAAGCUGCAAUCAGGGACAACUGGGUUUUCCUACUUUUCUACCAAGCAAGCGUGCUCCUUGUGGACAUUUCUUUGCGGGCAUGUGUAAAGACACUUGAGGGAGGACACACCAUGUACAUACCAUUCACUCAAGACCCCUGCCAAGCACAUGCACACCAAGGAGCUUUUUAAAUGUGUUUUUUAAAAAAUGUAUCUUUUUUCUAUAUGUGUGCAACUUUCUGGUUGUUUUUUUAACCAGGACUACACAAAAAUGACUCAAAGUAAAAAAAAAAAGAAAGAAAUCUUUGCCUUGGGUUUGGCAUUUGUCAACCAUAUUGUGUAUUUGCGCAAUAGUGCCACCUACAGCAGUGAUUUUCAACCACUGCCGCGGCACACUAGUGUGCCGUGAGAUAUUGUCUGGUGUGCUGUGGGAAAUUAUGCAACUUUACCUAAUUGGUCCAAAAAAUAUUUUUUUGCAAAUCAAUAAUCAUAAUAAUGUGCCAUUGUCUAGUGCCUGUGCUGUGUAGAGCUUGGCAGGGUAAUCUUGUAAUACUCCAUACCAGUAGGUGGCAGCAGGUAGUUCAUUGCUUUGUAGAAGUCGGAAAGCGUCGAGGAUGGUUUGUCGUGAUCCCAAUAUGCAGAGCACAGAGGGAGACAGCGUGCAGGUAAAAAGGUAUGUAACACUUAAACCAAAAAAUAACAAGGCAAGUCCCGCUAGGAAAAGGCACUGAAGCAUAGGAAUGGCUAUGUA